UCCCGCCAGCCUCCUCUCAUCAGCCCCAACAGUUACGGCUCCCUGGAUCUGAGAAUUCCAACCGCUUCCACCAGCCCUGUUCCCAAGCAGAGUGAAACCAAGGGAUCGACAGCAUCGUCCCCAGAGCAGGGAUACCCAGGGAACCGCAUGCUCCAGAUGUGGGGGCAGGAUGCCAACCAAAAAGACGUCCAUAAUGACUCUCCUGAGAGGGGAAGCUUCAGCCAACGAGGGUCCACCCCCUCGGGGUCCUCGCUGAUCAAGGACCCAAGCCAAAACAAGGACCCAGACCACAGUGUACCGGAAGUUAUAGAUGGCGUUUCUAGGUUUCUGAGACUCGAGGACUCAAUCAAUCAAUCAAUCAAUCAGAACUCCCCCAGGCUGAAAAGUGAAAAGUGGGCACUAGAGGACCACAUGGAUGCAAAGCGCCAUCAGUCUAGAGCUGGGGAAAUUCCCUACUUGGGACAAAGCGGGAGGGACGAUACCAACACCUCACCCCCGCUGGCCCCUCUUUCCUCACUGGGUCCCCCAGCUCUCUCCAGCCUCAGACAACUGGCCCCAGCCAUUCCACCUUCUCACACCCCAGGGUCCCUGGAACAAAGACACCAGAAGCCACGGAGGUCGGUUACAUGGUGUGACAGGAGGAUGGAGUCCUUCCUGGAACUCAGUUUGAAGUCUGGGCAACGGGACCACCAGGGAAAAAUCAAGCCUGGCGACCUGUCCGAAGAAUCAGUUAAGGCCCUGGAAACUGUCUUGAAGAGAAAGCACGUGGCUUUUCUUUCUGGGCUUCCUCUCAUACAUUACCUAGUUGGGCCUGUCACAGUGUCCGUAGUCGGGUUGAUCGGGCUGGCUGCGAGAGUAGUCCACGACCCUACUGGCGACCAUCCUGACUGUAGUGUGGCCGACUGGGUGAAGGGGAAGGCAUCUGAGAAGGCCCAUGUCUUACCAGCUGCUGAACGCCACCAGGCUCCAGUUGACAGCAGAGAGUGCCGCCACUCCCAGGAAGCACAGAACCGGGCCAGACCUCAGAGCCAAACCGUGCCGGCCCCAAGACCGAAGAACGAUGGGCCUGUUACCCGCCCUAUCAACUCAUCCCUCUGCCCCCCCAGGUCUGCAGGCCACCUGAGUGCUAUCACACCUACACAGAGGGGGAAGAAGGAUGCUGGAGAAGCCCACAGCAGGGCCUCUCUCUCUGAACUGGCAGAAAAGUUCCCAGGACCAGCCAAAUCCAGGAGCCCCAUUUCUUCCACCUUGGGCCCAGCGAAGGCCAGCAAGAGCAACCAGUCGUCACCUCAAGCUUCGUUUUCAGCCAAGCUGAAGAUGUGGCUCAGUUCUCUCGGCAAAGGCCAGUCGUCCAACAUCAGCCCCAAGGUUUGGGUGGUAACGGGCUCAAAGCAGCCAUGCAAGUGGAGCUCAGCAUCCAGGAACAAGAAACUGGCCAUCUCAGCAUCUGCGUUGUCCUGUAGCGGCAACACAAAGGGCGGCUAUAUGGGCUAUAUGUUCAUCUGUAAAUCCAUAUACAGCCCUCCCGAACAACAAGAUUUCCACAGUUCAGUGACCGAUAUUUAUACACAUUUCAUUGGUGCAUCUUGGAACUACAUUUGGAUGAAAGGUCAAAUCCCAAACACUCCCAUGAAAACCACUGUCAGUCGUGUCAAUGAUGUUACAUAA